AUGGCACCGCCAACGCGCCAACCCUCUCGAUAUCGAUCCGCCCGGGAAGGAACUCAUACUGGUACAGAAGUAGGAGGUGGGGUAGUCGCCAAAGAUGCAGCGGCCCGACCCCCCAGCAAUAAGGGCACUCAGUCAAACGAGACCAAUCCGUCAAUCGCAAGAAGCAUGUCUCGGUACCGGCGCAAUCGACCGCCCGCUAGCAACACUUCAAUGCCUGUCCCAGCUAUCUCGAAUCUCGCAGGCGCACAGCCAGUUCCACCAUUACCAGGCAAAAUCAAUGCGACUUUUACAACUGAAGAGGAGCGCAUAAGGGAAAAGCACAGACUGGAUGCCAUGGAACAGUUGACCGGGGGAUCUCAAGAGUCAGAGCCUACACCUUCAUACUGGUCGCGAUCUGCGCAAUCGCAGAAAAGGCGGUCGAAGAAGGCGAGUAAAGAAGAACCAGUGUCGAUGCAAAAACAUGAGUCUUCAAAAGGGGCUAGGCCCACCUCAAUCCCCUCUACAAGCACAGGAGAGCGGAAGUCAUUUCUUCAGAAAGUCAAGCUGUCCAGAGCCAAGGAGCCCACUCAUGAGGCCCACUUGGAACCGAAAUAUAUUGGUGUGGGAGGAAGCGGAAUUGUCCCUGGAACAGAUGCCCCGAAAUCAGCUAUCAAUGCUGGAGAGCGCUAUGUUCAAGUGCAAUACAAUAAUGUUCGGAUCGACUUCGCGAUCAACCCUACCACACUCGUCUCAGACCUUCUUUCAUCUGCUUGGGAGCAGUUUCCUGACAUCGACCCCGGAAAAUUCAUCCUCCUUGAAUCUUUUAUCAAAAUUAAUCUGGAGCGGCCCCUGCGUCGGUAUGAGUACGUACGAGAUGUCAUGAACUCCUGGGCGCAGGAUAGCGAGAACCGCCUCAUCAUUAUCCCCCCUUCCAGCUUGGCUGCCCUGGACCAGGUGGAUCCUCAAAAUGCCCCAAGUGAAAGGCCUAUCGAAACCACAGUUCACAUCUACCAUUCACAACGACCUCGAAAAUGGGACAAACGAUAUGUCACAUUGCGUCCAGAUGGUCAAAUAUUCAUCUGCAAAAAAGAAAAUUCAAAAGACCACACCAAUAUAUGCCACUUGUCCGAUUAUGAUAUCUACUCUCCAAGUGCGCGAGCUCUGGCUAAGGACCUCAAGCCCCCCAAGAAGAUUUGUUUUGCUAUCAAAAGCCAGCAAAAAUCUUCGAUGUUUUUGUCGACUGAGAAUUUCGUACACUUUUUUUGCACCAAUGAUAAGGCCAUUGCCGACAAGUGGUAUCAGACUGUCCAACAGUGGCGGAGCUGGUACCUAAUGAAAAAGACAGUGGGAGCUGCCCAGUCUCCCGCAAAUGAAGCUCCUGUUGGACGGACUCUGACCAUGAGGGCCGCGCGCAAUGGUUUCAAUGAUUCACCAUUAAUUGAUAGAAUCCCCGGUGAUGCGGAACCGCUCCCGAGAAUACGACCUUCAAUGGACCAGCCCCGGGCGCCUAGUGUAAAGGGUGCUUUCUCCUCUCACAAGCCUACUUGGGAAAACACAUCGCCAACAGGGCCCUUCCAUGAGACACUGUCAUUGAACACUCGCGCCCUAGAAGCCCAUGACGAUGGCCGACUAGUUCAAGGAGUUGGCACCGAAGAAAUAGAUGCAGAGACAUUCUCGCCUUCCGGUUUGCUGGGACGCACCUACACACAGAGACAUAAAUCUAUGCGAGAGCGGCAAGAUAACGAAAAGCGGGCAAAGCAGCUUCCCAGUCCCUCUCAGUGGCACCCAAGUGAGCAAAUGCCACCACCAUAUACCCCCACCGCCGUGCCUAUCCACAACAACACGCUUGACCGCAGCAAGUCAGUCAACCACAAAGGGAAGCCACUUAUCGACCUGACGCCAAGAUUCCAAGAGCCUCCUCAGCAUACUCGCAAGGGCCGCGGUGUUACCGUCGAGCCCGGUAUGGCGCUCAUCGAUGCCGCUACAGGCCCUGACCUCUUACCUGAAUGCAUGGCAAUACCGCCAGCAAUCGCAUGGCGACGCCCAUCUGUCCCGUCGGUCGAGAUUCCCCCAGUUCCACAGACUCGACACCGGGCCAAAUCCGUGCGCAGCGUACGUCCUCCAACUCUGUCUAGAGCAGAUGCUACCCCUACAACUGCUAGCCCUGGCUCGCCCGGUGUUCCCUUCUUGCCCAACUCUCUUCUUGCAAGUAUAAGCAUAACAAACCCAAACACUGGGCAGCCACCCGUGGGCCACGGUGUCGCUACAGGAGACCGCAACGCUACUCGACCGUUGCUGGAUAUGUCCCCAGACAACCCCUUUCAAGAAGGCAGCUUACUCCGGCGGCUUUGA